AUGCUAGACGCACGGGAUUUCGAGAGGCAAACGGACCCUCAGGGGCAGUCCGACUUACUACAACUACCUGGCGAACUUCGUCUGAAAGUACUUCGAUACCUUCUGAAGUCCGAAGAUGGCCGCAUUCGAAGUUACGACGAAUCGAAAUUAUGUAGCACGAACGGUCGUUUUCCUCGUAAGCGCUACAACAAGGAGUUGCCUGGCAGUGCACAACUCCUCAGAACCUGCCAGAAACUCUUUUGGGAAGGACGGGAUGUCUUGUACACUGAAAACACUCUAUCAAUCUUCAUAUGGGGUAAUCCCUGGUCGAGAGCGCUGAAGUGCGGUGUUCUGGGUUUGCAGGUAGAAUUUCACCGUCCACACCAAGAGACUUAUUACGACUUAUUGUGGAAUGCACUGGAUUAUAAUCCGGAUGACAUGUCGCAGCUUCUGCGGGUAUAUGAUGAAACUCUAGCCUGUUUCCAGCGUUUGGAAAUCAAGAUGGAUGAACUCAAUGACCACGAGGACUGCUUUAUAGCCUGCCGUGUACUCAAGAACAAUCUUCUUGGGAAGGAUGUAACGAUUGACCUCGAUACAGCCAAAGGCAACUUUGAAGAGCACCAUUGUGGCUUAGAGGACGGUCUGUUGUCGGGUUUCAAGUUCUUGCGAUGCAACUCAAUUCAUUUCAAGAACUACAAAGUUCACACAGAGCUGGUCGCACAAAUAGAAAGCGAGAUACCUGUGAACGAUACAUACAGAUCGUGGUGGAAUCUUGAGCACGGCGUCUUCGAUGACCUACCUGUUAACGAAGAGGGAGGGCCUGGGCAAUUCAGCGAAGUCUACGAAACGGAAAUCGAGGAUUUGUUCGAUGCAGCAGUUCAUUAUGAUCUUCAUAGUUUCAACACGCAGCGAAGCCAGAUAUUGAAAUUAGCAAUAGAGUGGAACGAGCAAGAGGCGGAGCGUCGAUGCGGUUUCCUCAACGACCUGAAGAACAGAAUCAACACGGACUUUGGGGCUCUGAAUAAAAAGAUUUCUGAUCUAUCGAACUCAGACACAUCAGUGAUCUCAUUGGGAGAUACCUGGGAUACGACCCACAGCGACAUGUGGCCAUUUCUGGCUACUUUACGAGUGACUUGA